GUUGCAUUUAGUUUGAACUUAGUUACUGCAGUUGCCAUCAGAACAUGACUUGGAUUGACUUAGAACUCAGGCGAGCAGUUCGACUGCUGGCUCUGAUCACCCUGGCUGCUGCGGCAGCAGCCACUGUGGACCACGAGACGAUGCUGUGCGCCAGUGAUGAUACGCCCAUGUGUGGACGCAGCCAGGGCGAGUAUCUGCUGUUCAAGAACGAGUGCGACUUGCGCAAGGCGCAGCGCGAAAAUCUGAUGGGCGGACCACUAUUUGAUGUCGCCUUGCACAACUGUUUGCCCAGCUGCGAGCUGGAGUGCGAGGGCGCCGCGCAGCCCGUGUGCGGCGUGAGCGUUGCCACAGGCGAGCGCAAGAGCUUCCGGAACCGCUGCGAGAUGAUGCGCACCAGCUGCCUGACCAGAACCGAUUGGCUGGUGCACAAGUGGGGCGUCUGCGCCCAUGGCCAGCAGCAGCCCAAGCAGCCGGCGCACACUGUGCUCGUGGGUCAUCGCAAGCGUCGCCGGCCCAUACCCUGCACGAAUGUCUACAGGCCGGUCUGUGCCAGCUAUGCAGGCGUCAAGUCCACCUUCUCCAACGAGUGCCUGGUCAACGCGGAGAACAUACGCACCGGCAGAAAUUGGCGCAUUGUGUCCGAGGGGCUGUGCGGCGAGGACAGCACCAAGAUGAAGCACAGCCGCAAGUGGAAGCCCAAGACGAAGCCCAAGCCGGAGACGGAGCGCAGCAAGCGCAGCUACAGGCAGGCCAAUCAGCUGGACGACUUCGAGAUGGCCGAGGAUGCAGUGCAAAUCUUUGCGCCCUCCACAUUUCACACUCAAUUCAUCAGCAAAUCGGGCAUCAUGGAGAAGAGCUACUCGCUGCCCGCGCGCCAGCCCUAUCCCUCGGACAGUGUGAAGAGGCCAUCCCGGCGUAUCUAUGGCAGCAGCCCAAUGAAAUCCCGGCCUGGUUAUGGCAACGAGCUGCAGCCAGCCAGGCGCGUAAGCUCAAAGCCCUGCGUGUUCAGUAAUGAACCCGUUUGCGGCAGCUUCAAUGGCGAGAGUCGCACUUUCGACAAUGUGUGCGCUUUGAUGGAGUUCAGUCAAACGGUGGGCAAUGCCUGGACCAUUCUGUAUGAGGGCCGCUGCCGGCGCUGCGAUAAGCCCUGCCCCAGCAAAUACAGUCCGGUUUGCGCGGUUCGUAAUGGCAUCAGCUACACCAUCAUCAACGAGUGCUUCCUCGAGCGUGUGCGCUGCAAGGAUCCCAAUAGCAAUUGGAAGAUCACGCACAAGGGCGAGUGCAUCCUGCCCGCCGAUGAGGUGGCUCACAAUUUGCCGCCACCCAGUCCCAAGCCAUCGGCGCGCAUACCCCACAUGCUCUACGCUGUGCCGCCAACCAGGAGCAGCGGCACCAGCAAUGACACCUUGUUUACAACCACGUUCAGACCCAGAUCAUGGGGCAAACGUCGAGCCACCAUACCAACACGAGCUGCUCCUACGCAGCUUCGCAUGCUUAGGAAAUUCAGGCGACCAACUCCAACGCCAACGGCCAGGACCACGCCUACGCCGACGGCCAAGGAUCUGAGCAACCGCAAGAUACGGAAAAUAGAGCCAAUCGUCUUCCAGGGCUACAAAGCGAACAGCUACAGCAAGGAGGAAAAGCCAGCGCCCAUCAAGGCUCCAUUCACAGCGAAGGCGUGGUCCCCCAAGGACAGCUGGCAGACUCCGCAGCUGCCGGAGAGUGGCAAGGAUGCGUAUCAUAAGAGACCGCAUCAUAAGAAGGUGUACAGUGAGAAGUAUCCGCAGUACAGCUGGCAACAGGCGCUGACCACGCCCCGACCCAUUGUGUCCACAACCACACCAGCACCACUAAACACACUCGAGGGCAUUGCGAAUGCGCAGUUGCUGGAUUUGGACAUGAAGUCUGCGGCGGAAAUCUUUGGUGAGAUUGAAGCCGAUACGGAAAUACUCUUUAUGAUGGACAGCACGGCGGCCACAGCAAAUGCAAUCGAAAUGGAGUCCACCACGAAUGCCGCAACCAAGCAAGCAACUACGCGGGCAUCCACAACAGAGGCGACAGUUCCCUCAACGGCAUACACAGCCACAGCACCACCAAUCACAACAACAACGACAACAACAGCCUCGCCCCUCAGCACCGAAGACGCCACUGAGUACACACCUGAGCAAGAGACAGAGGAGACUUCGACAGAUCUACCCACGAGCAGCAUCUUUGAUGUUGCAACCAGCGAGAACCUGGAUCAGAGCACAGCGGAUGAUGUAGAGGCAAGCGCAACCACUGCAGUAACAACUACGACAAAAACAAAUGAAGACGUAGUUGAAAGCGAUCCAUCAACAACAUCCAACGUGGACUAUUUGUCGGAUGAGCCGAUGAGCACACAAAGCGAUCAGACCUCGAUAUACGGGCUGGAUAAGAACUCGCUGAUCAUGCGUCUAUUGCGGGCCAGGAGUGGCAAGAAUAUGGUAUUAUAGUUUGUCUGUAAGUUAUUAAUUGUUGCUUAGGAGUCAGUGAUAUGAAUGCUCUGUAUGUUACUUAGAUUAAUUUACAUUUAAAUAAGCCAUAAUUAAUUAGUUGGGGUAUUAAAAUGUUG